AUGAAAGGCCCCCUCGACCGCUCGGCGCUGCGAUUCCUCUCGCUGCCGUCGAAGGAGAUUCAAGCACCAAGAUAUUGUAUGUCACGACAGACGCGCAGUCGUGCUUCAUUUCAAUAUCCUCGAUCAAACACUAUCCGCUUUUCUCUCGUCGGUCUCCGCCCGUUCAGCUCGACCCCGUCUCCAGCACAAAAGACCAACAACCGAAUCCUGAAUUCCUUCCGCACGCCUCCUCAAUUCCACGACGCUCUCCGUCUCUGCUCGGCCAACAACACCCUUCUUUUGACUCUGUUCACCACGUCAACCUGUACGCCCUGCCGCACGAUCACGCCGCUGAUCACGUCGUUGGUCGAAACGCGCCCGCCGGCCCCGGAAGACAAGUUUUCCGGACUGGCGUUCGCGGAGGUCGAGCUCGACAGCCCGGACAGGAGUAAUGGGUCCAUGAUGGAUUUAGGCGUCGAGUACGGUGUCACGAGUCUGCCGACUCUGAUGGGGUUUGGGGGCAGGAGGGCCGAAAGGGUUACGGAACGAUUGGUCGAUACGAGGCUCAUGAGUGAUCCGAGGGGGUUGGCUGGGUGGGUGGAUCUGCAGAUGAAGAGGGGGGAUCCGUUUCCUGGACAGGGACAAGGUGGAGGUGGAGGUGGUAGUUUCUUGGGACGGAUUUUUGGAUGA